CAUCCCCCCACCCCUUCUCUCUUCUCUUGAAGGCUGCACAAUGCUUCGCUUCCUGAAGGGCUUUGUGCUCUCGGAGGCUGCCUGCGAAGCGCCCGAAAGUAAUUCGAGGUACGAGAAUCUCUUCAAGAAGCUAGACCUCAAUGAGGACGGCCGGGUGGAUAUUGCCGAGCUGCAAAGCGGCCUCAAAGCUCUGGGCAUCCCCCUGGGCGAUGACGCGGAGAAGAAAAUUUUCAGAGCUGGAGAUACUAACCAAGAUGGCAGGCUCGACUUUGAAGAAUUUACACAUUAUCUUAAAGAGCAUGAGAAGAAAAUGAAGCUGGCGUUUAAAAGUCUGGACAAAAACAAUGAUGGAGUAAUUGAAGCAUCAGAGAUUGUUCAGUCCCUCAAGAUAUUGGGCAUAAGUAUUUCUGAAAAGCAGGCACAGAAGAUUCUCCAAAGCAUUGAUGCUGAUGGGACAAUGUCAGUGGACUGGAACGAAUGGCGGGACCAUUUUUUGUUUAAUCCAGCUACAGACAUUGAAGGAAUUGUCCGUUACUGGAAACAUUCCACAGUAUUGGACAUUGGAGACAGUUUAACUAUCCCAGAUGAAUUCACAGAGGAAGAGAAAAAGACUGGGCAGUGGUGGAGGCAGCUUUUGUCAGGAGGAGUGGCUGGCGCUGUCUCUCGAACAGGCACAGCACCACUGGACCGCCUUAAAGUCAUGAUGCAGGUUCACGGCUCAAAGGGGACAAUGAACAUCUCAGGUGGCUUGCAGCAGAUGGUGAAAGAAGGUGGAGUUCGUUCGCUGUGGAGGGGGAAUGGCGUCAAUGUUGUUAAAAUUGCACCUGAAACAGCCAUCAAGUUCUGGGCAUAUGAACGGUAUAAAAAAAUGUUCGUCAAUGAAGAUGGAAAGGUAGGAACAGUGGAAAGGUUCAUAUCUGGUUCCCUGGCUGGGGCGACAGCACAGACUUCUAUUUAUCCAAUGGAGGUAUUAAAGACCAGGCUGGCUGUGGGUAAAACAGGACAGUACACUGGUAUGUUUGACUGUGCUAAGAAGAUUUUAAAAAGAGAAGGUGUGAAGGCCUUUUACAAAGGUUAUAUUCCCAAUAUUUUGGGCAUAAUUCCUUAUGCUGGCAUAGACCUGGCGGUUUAUGAGGCUUUGAAGAAGACAUGGCUAGAAAAAUAUGCAACAGACUCUGCCAACCCUGGUGUAUUAGUAUUGCUGGCAUGUGGUACUACAUCUAGUACCUGUGGCCAGUUAGCCAGUUAUCCUCUUGCCCUUAUUCGAACUCGAAUGCAAGCCCAAGCCAUGGUAGAAAGUGGCCCUCAACUAAGCAUGGUUGGUCUCUUCCAAAGGAUUAUUGCUAAGGAAGGGAUCUUGGGACUAUAUAGAGGCAUAGCUCCAAACUUCAUGAAGGUGCUUCCUGCUGUCAGCAUCAGUUAUGUCGUCUAUGAAAAGAUGAAGGAAAACUUGGGGAUAGCGUGAAAGAAAUGGGAGACCUGGAAUAUGCACAGCAGGUGAAACCUACUUGGAUGCUAAAUUCAUGUUUACAAUUGGAUACAAGUCCUAAGUGCAACAAAUCUAUGGGGAUCUCUUCUCUUGAUGGAGAAGAAAGCCUACUUACCUGGUACAGUUGUGAGCCAAGUACCUUUAAAUACAAAACAAAACCCUCAAAUCCCUAAAUCUUAACAACCAAGAAAUAUUUCAUUGCUAAUUCAGCUGCAUGAUUGAAGAUCUAUAAGAAGUAAUCUGUAAUCAUGUAUUUCAUUGGGUAAAAGAUACAUAUUUUAAGCAGCAGAUAAAACAGCAUUUAAGAUUUGCAUUUGAUUGUUCAGUGCAUCAUGCCAUCAUUCACAUAUCAAAAAUACAACUGUCUCUUUGCACUUAUAUUCUGGAAUUGAAAAAUGAUGAUAUUAAAAUGAUGCUGAAAGCUUUUUUGUAAAUUAAAAAAAAUGCCUUGAAGAACAACGCAGAGAGAAACAGAAUGUCACAGUGAAGUUCCAAAAUACAUUUAUUCAUUCAAUUCCCCCUGUAACUCUAUUAAGAAAGGAAGAACUUUUGCUGAGUGUCUUGGUGAAAUGAAAUGUAUGCUACUUGGACAGGGGCAUGUUUGCAGUCAUUUCCAGUCAUUUGAGUGGAACUUCACAGGUGGGCUCCGAUCCAUCUAAAAUUAGCCUUGACCAAGUCUCAUUUAAAAUCAUUACAGGACAUUUGUUAUGAUUAUUUGCUUUCAGUGGGACUUAGUUGUGAUUGACUUUGGCAGACUUUCUUGGUAGAUUGCAUCCAUUGGUCAAAUACUUCAAUUAGGAUUGACUACAGAUAUCAAGUGUCUUUCCAUGUAACAUGUAAAUGUUACAAUGAGUAAAGUCUAUUCUUGAUGCUGAUUGUUUGAUUACUAACAAAAAAUGCCAUUUACUAUAUAGUACUGUUUCCUAUAUAGAUUGCAAUCUAAGGAUAAAUAAUAACAAUAAUUUGUUUUAAACUGAUUCUUCAUUAUAUGUUCAUUGUCUUGUUGGGAAUGCUCCAGCACAAGUAAUUAAAGAGCCGAUUAUGUGGGAAAUUGACAAAUGCAAUUCACUAGUAGAAUAGGAGCAACAUAAUUUGUGCAGUCUUGCAGGAAUCAUCCAUUUGCCCUUAUUUUUUGUAGGUCAGGGCUGACCUCCAUGAUAGAGAGCUAUUCUUUUUUAAUGGUGUAGUGGAAACUAUUGAUUGAUAAUUGGAAAACUCCCUGCCUCUUCUCAGCACCUAAAAUCAAAUUACUGAGUAUGUUGGCUGAGAGUGAAAGCAAUACACUGAAAUCGCCUGAAUAGCAAGAAAGAACAUUUCAAUUAAGUUACUAAAUUUAGUAAAAUGACUGUAAGUUAAUGCAAACCAAGCCCAUAAUCUUGUUGGGUCAGCCAGAUGAGCAAGAAAAGUUUGUGCUUUUGCACCUGUUGCAAUGUAAUGUACAAAAAUGUAUUUGAAUGCAUUCUAAACGUUUAAAGUAUAUUUGAGUUAUCUGUGAUAUGAAUGACAGUGAUUGCUGCGUGUUGAAUAUUGUUUUCUUCAGCCGUCUCUGAGCUAGUCCUCUUCCAGAAGAGUUGGACUCAAACUCCCAUCAAUGGCCAUGCUAGCUAGAAAUUAUGGAAGUUGCAGUCCAACACACCUGGAAGGCAACAGGUUGGCGAAGUCUAGUUUUCACAUAUCCUUGAAAGCAUAUCCACAUAUUUACAGAGACUCCUUAGCAUUGUUCCUUCAAGUUCGGGCUGUUCUUUUUAAUUUUUGCAUGUGAGGAAGCCAUGGACAAUUGCACUCAAUGUUCUCUUGUUGCUCUUUUGAGCUUCUAGCACCAAUUUUAGAAUUUAGGUCACACAUUCCAGAGAAACUGUGGCUCAGAGGGCAAUGUUCCUCUUGAACAAAGUGGACUACGGUAUAGUUUUGGGAUUUCCUAUUUGUUUCCUUAUUUGAUCUAGGACUGGCCCAGAUCUAAACACAUUCUCUGUCACUAUCUUUACCCUAGUUACCUUGGUCUGCAUUUCUUUUGCCCACUUCUCAUGGUUCAUGGGUUGGCCUUAUAUAUUGGCAGUAAAUAUUUGCUUCUACAUAGCAAGUGCUCCUUUGAUUUGUGUGAGAAUCAAAAGGAUAGAGAAUGUGGUUCUAUUAACGUAGUCUAUUUCUUUAUAAUGCUACCUUUCCCUUGUUUCAGCAGAAGAACCUUUCCUGACCCCCAGUAAAAAAAAAAACCCCACAAAUGGUCUGGGGGAUCUAGCCCUAUCUUUUGAUUUACUUAGGUAGUCCACAAAGGAGAAAUCCAUAAAAGAACUUUUUGAGUUGCAAUGCAUUUUUUAAUCAGUGGCUAAACAACAAACACCCUUUAUUUAUUUUUUUGAAUUAACUAACUAUGGGCACAGGCUCUGAAUAACUCUUAUUCAUUGCAGGGGGUGGGUGGGUUAGGUUAGGUUAGGUGGUGCUGGUGGAUCAUGUCCGUCAUUUAUAAAUGACAGCUUUUUUGGAUGCCCUAUUAUAGAAACCUUCACUAUUUUUGCACUUGAUCAAAACCAAAGAAUGAAUUGUUUAAGUAAAGACUUAUUACUAGGUGCCCUGUUUUAAAAACAAAUCUGGUAUUGCAUGCUAUCAUGAAUUUGCCUAUCUGUGACUAUCUAAAGUUUAUUUUUGUAGAAAUGUGCUUCUUUUGUAUGCGGUUCAAAUUUUACCUAAGUCUGGGGAAACAAACCUGGUACCCUCCAGAUGUUUGGGACUACAGAUCCCAUAAGCCCAGUCAACAUGGCCAAUGGUCAGAAAUUAUAGAAGUUUUAGUCCAAAACAUCUGGAGGGCACCAGGUUGCCCACACCUCACCUAAGCAGCAUGUAGACCAUACUCAUUCCAUUUCCUUGUAUAAGUGCCUUUCUGAGAAUGUUAGUGAUUUAAUUCUAAAUAUUAGAAGGAUGCAUGAGACAAUGCAGAUGUGAUUCAAUUACUAUACGUCCCUCCAAGAGCCAGUAAUGACUCGGUGCUUGCAUGAGAGGUUCCUUUCCUUUUCCUUUCUAAUUGUGUAUGCUUGUUUUCUUUGGCAAAAGAAAAGCUGAUAUUUUUUAUAAAUCUAUAAAUUUCUGUUUAUAAUAAAUGAGGUUUUGUAAAGUU